AUAAACACAAACCCAGACCAAUUUCAAUUCUCAAAUCAAUACAUAUUAUGAUUUGUUAUAAAUUUUUACAACAUUAUUUGCAUUCACUUCUAAACAAGAGGCCUUGACUGUUCUCAUUGACACUUCAGGUCCCUAUCUGCUUCGCUGGUUUUAACAUUUUCACAAUCGGACACUGCAGACGAAUCUACGCGGUGCUCAACCAACUAAUAUUAUUACGAUAACAAUAUCGUUUCAAGUGUCCACUUAUUACGGUUGAGAUGAUUCGUGCUAAUUGCUACAAGAGUAAAAGUGAUUGUUGACAGUGUGUGUGAGGUUUACUGGCCGCAAUGUUGUGUACAUCGUGUUCGAAUCAGUGUCGUUGGCGUCUCGAGCAUGCCUCACCGUCAGACUUCUACAUCAGCAGAUGGCAAAGCAACCGAUCGGCUUUGCCUUUGCUGUCCAUUAGAACAAUCGUCUUCAUGUAUUCCACCGGCGUACUCGUCGCGUCCCUCGCCGUGACCCCCCGGACUCUCAGCAUCGGAUAUUGGUUCCUGUACUACGCCCACUGGAAUUUCCUCCUAAUCGUCCUCACCUCGUUCUUUUCGUCCAUCGUCUCAGCGUAUGUUUAUUUUAAGAGGCCUAUUGAUGCUACGUUUGGUCUACCAUGGUAUGUCAAAACUUAUUGGCUUCUCUACAACGUGACGAUUCCUGUGGCAUUUCUCAUAUCCACGUUUUACUGGGGUCUUCUGAAGUCGUCUGGAAAGAUGUCCUACUACACCCCCCACCCAGUUCUGGACAUGAUGCUGCACGGCGUCAACUCCGUGGUAAUGCUGGUGGAGCUGGUCCUCUCAGCGCACCCCAGUAGAUUGGUGCACAUCUUCCAGCCGCUACUCUUUGCACUUGCCUAUCUGGGCUUCAACCUUACCUACUACUACGCAGGGGGAUAUGAUCCGUUCGGUCACACAUACGUGUACCCUGUUAUGGACUGGUCGAAACCUCAGGAGACCCUCGUGGUGGUUGCCCUGACGGGUGUCUUCCUCUCAGCGUGCCACCUCAUCGUGGUAGCCAUCGCCACUCUCCGAGACACCCUUGCCAAGAGGUUCACCAAAGACACCACGGGAAUAUGCAAUGAGGGAUUCACCGCUUGAAACUAUUGAAAGAGAAUUUAAUGUUAUUUUACCCUUAUCAAAGAAAUACACCAAAACACUACCAGAAUAUGCAAAGAGGGAUUCAUCGCUUGAAACCUCGGAAAGCGAGGUCCGAUGAGGGAUCCACUGCUUGAGAAAGAAGUCUCUCAAAGUUAUAAAAACUUUUAUGUUAUCUUUGCCCUUAUAAUAGUGAAAAUAAUCGGCGGCAAUUACAUUUUUGAAAGUUUGCCAAGACAAUCUUUUUGACACCAAAUUUUUGUGUCAACACAAUAUCAUACAGGGCAUAAACAAGAUUGAGAAACAUUAGGAAUAUUUAUUAAUAGAAUCACAUAGCACAAUCUAGUCUUGUAGGUAAUUAUUGAGUUUUCAAAAAACAUGAUUUUGUACAGGAAUAGGCGUAACGUCAGUGAAAUCAUCAUCAUUUCUAGUAAUACGUACGCAUAAUAGGGAUGUGGACUAUUUUUGGGAAAGUGUUUAAAAUCAUGCAUAAGUACCAAAUAUAACCCAAACUAUUUAUUAUUAUUUUUUUAUUUUAAGUAAUACCUUUAAAAUAAUUUAUUUAAAAUUCCAUUUUAAAUUUCGCGCUAAAACGCGGAUACCUGUCAAACGGCCGCUCUGACGUCACGCGUUAUAAAAUAUUGUCGAAGUUGUAUGUAAUGAAUAGUUAUUUCAUAGUUGUGUGAUAAUAAUAUGAAUUCAAAAUUUUAUAAAUAUUGUGCGGUGCCGCAGUGUAAAAGUACAACUAUUAAAACACCUGAAAAACUGUUUAUUCACGUUCCACGUACAAAAACGAUGCUGAAAAAUUGGCUUCAAUUAGCCCGUCGGGAUCCGGCACUUGUUACACAAAGUAAAAUGUAUAUCUGUGAGGAUCAUUUUGAUGUAAGUUUGAUAAUAUUUGUUGUUACAUUUACUUGUAUUAAAAUAAUUUAACUCUUCAAGUUUUCAAAGACGAAAAAAUUUCGAAUUUUUAGGUUAGAAAUAAAGUAAACAAUGUUUCGUACUUUCAUUAUAGUUGCCAAUGAUAUGGAGAAUUAUCCGGAAUAUCAUUUGAUGGGCACAGUAUCCCAGAUCAGA